UUUUUUUUUUUUUUUUUUACUAAUUGUGAUUUUGAUCCAGAGCAAGUGCUGAAAUUACUACAAUAUGGUGAGCCCUAAUGCAAUCAGAAACACCCUUGGAAUUAUAGGAAACGUCAUCUCUUUUGGAUUGUUCCUUUCUCCUGUGCCUACAUUUUUGCGAAUUAUCAAGAACAAAUCUGUGGAAGAGUUCAAGCCAGAUCCAUACCUAUGCACGGUCUUGAACUGUUUAUGUUGGUGUCUUUAUGGUCUUCCCGUGGUCCAUCCAAAUAACAUCCUUGUGACUACUAUCAAUGGCAUUGGCUUGGGCAUUGAGCUCAUCUACCUUGUCAUCUUUUUCAUUUAUGCCUCUAAACCUAAGAGGAAAGUUAUCGCUUUGGCUUUGCUUAUAGAGAUCCUCUUGUUUGCGGUAAUAUUGACGUCAACAUUAAUGAUAUUCCACACCACCUAUAAGAGGACUAUCUUUGUUGGAGCCUUUUGCGUCAUCUUCAAUGUUUCAAUGUAUUUUUCACCAUUGACAAUCAUGAAAAAAGUGGUGAGAACUAAAAGUGUGGAAUUCAUGCCCUUCUUUCUAACACUUGCGGGCUUCUUGAAUGGUGUUUGCUGGACCGCUUAUGCAUUAAUCCAUAUCGACUUUUGGAUGGUGAUUCCAAAUGGUUUGGGAGCAAUAUCUGGUAUAAUUCAGCUAAUUUUGUACGGAACUUACUACAAGAGUACACCAAAACCCAGCAAAUUGGAUGGUGUGAAACCUUCACAAGUUGAACUCCCACCCAGCAAGCCAGUUGAAGAAGUUUAAGUUUAAUGUCAUCAUUUUUCUUCUUAAGUUUACUGCUUUAGAAAUACAAUUGUAGUUUAUUAGAAAAGAGUUUUGCAGAGGAUGUUUUAGUGAAUUCUUAAAUUUUUGCAAGUUUUCAAUACAAUUUAUUUUGGUACUCAAUUCUGUUUUUAAUAUUCAAGCAAUUGUAUUUUAAAAUUCAAUAGGUUUUUACUUUUCAUUGAUUCAUCAUAACUUGGGCCCUUGUUUGGUUUGCCUUAUUCCAAUAAUUUCCAAAAAAAAAA